CCCCUCAGAGAGAGCAGCUGGCACAUAUCGCUCACGGAUUGCCGAAUUGGGUCUCGGUCCAGGCAAAGGCUUUCGAGCGGAGAUCUUUACAUCAGCCUAUAUACAUUUUUUUUCACUGGCGUGUAUAAAGACAAAGUCAUGGACUACGUAAAGAAUACGCCCGGUGUUCUUGGCUGGGUGGUGGGCCAUUCCCCCGCCGUCAGCAGGGCUCUGGGGCGUCGGUCCUGGCUGUCUCCUUGGGCUCUCCUGAAGACAAUAGACAGCUUGUUGAGGGGAAUCGGCCAGGUAUGCUUCGCCGACAACCCCCUCUCCGGGCUCCUCAUCCUCCUCGGACUCUUCCUCGGCAACCCAAUGGCGGGGUUGGGCGCCGUCGUCACCUCGCUCACGGCCAUCAUCACGGCUCUGAUUUUCAAACAACCGGACGGAGCCAUUGGAGCCGGUCUCACGAACUUCAGCGCCGUCUUGGUAGGAACUGUGAUCACCUCCGUCUACCCGAUAAUCUGCCACCAGCCUCUGCCAGCACCCGUCUGGGGAUACAUGGUCGCCGGAGCCGCCUUCAGCGUCUGUCUGUUGUCAGCCCUGGCCGCUAUCUUGGCCCCGACCAAACUGCCGCCCUUCACCCUUCCCUUCAACAUCGCCACCUGCAUCGUGUUCAUCUGCCUUCGUAGCCAUGGCCUCGUGGGAGUCACACCGGAAGCCACGGCACAGAAGGUGGCCGAGGAAGAGAGUAUCCAGUGGGGGCAAGUCUUCCUAGGUUCAUUCCUCUCCGCUGGACAAGCCUACGCAGUGGAGAGCAUCGCGUGCUCUUCGCUCACGCUCAUUGGCCUCUUCUUGUAUUCGCCAAUCCUUACCGUCUUCGCCUUCUUCGGUGCUCUCACGUCUUCCCUAACAGCUCUUGCGGUGUCAUCGGCUCCAUACGCUGCCGUGUAUGCUGGUGGCUGGGGCUAUAACGGGUUCCUGUCAGGUGGAAGCCUCGCCAUCUUCAUGGUUCCCUCGCCGAGAGUCUUUCUCCUUGCCAUCGUAAACUCCGUCUUCACCACGUUCCUCCAUGCAGCGCUCGUUCCCUCUUUCGCCCUGAAUCAACUGCCAGUGUUCACCUUCCCGUUCUGCAUAAGUUCCCUGCUGUUCUUAGCCAUGGCAGGGGCGGGGGGCAUGGACAGUGUGCGGGUGUACGAGCCAACCUUCCCGGAACGAGAUCUUCUUCUCAGCAAACAGGAAAUUCGAGAGACCGAGAAGGACGGCAUCGCUACUCGUGAUCCUGCAGCUCUGCCUCUGUCAGAGAACCAAAGGGAGGCUGUGUAGAGAGCUCAAACUGUUUCAAACACGGUCUCCACACCAAACAUUUGAUUAAAGUAACAAGUUUGAGUUUUAGGGAACUAUCUUCUGUACCAACUAGUUACAGGCACCUACAGAGAUUGACAUAUAUCCAUUUAUCACACAGGCACGAAAAAAAAAUCAGUAGUCUAGUACCAAGAUCAAUGAAUGAUCUUCAUACACGAUAAUAGGUUAUGUCGAAUUUGAAUGGUUAAAAUGUUUCAUCUGUUAUAUCAACGAGAAUUCUCAAGAUUGUAAAAGAGACGUCUUACUUCAUCAAAUCUCUGAUAACUACGUAAUUAAUGAUGAAUCAAGAACAUAUUUUACAAUCUGCUUUAAAACUUCCAAUUAGUAUAUUUCGUAAUAAGUUCAUAUAUCCAUUCCAAAAAUAAGAAAAUGUGAACUGUUACCAGUUCCUCUUUGGGUAUGAAGUCCAUGCAUUUGAGAUGUAAAAUAGUCUGCUGUUAUUAACGUAUACUAUCAAUAGUUCUGUAGGUAAAGUACAGUUGUGUAUGAGUUAGACAGUACCUGUUGUUUAUAUUAGUGUUAUAUACUCUUUUUAGAUGAUAGAUAAUUUUAGAUGUAGCACUGAUUAUUAGGCAAUAAAGCACUAUCGUACUUUUAGCCAGAAUGACCUGUAUUGCCUUGUUCUACAGUUAUCAUACUUUAAAUUAAAGUUAAGGAACCAUAAAGCAAUCUGUUUUUAUCACAUAUUGGAAGGAAUAGUGGUAGCUGGAUGCAACAAACUACAAAAUGACGGAUAUAUUAAAGAAUAAAGAUUUGUGAAACAGUAGUAAUAAGGUUGCCUAAUCCACAAUUUUGUUGAAAAUCUAAACGUUUUAUACCGUUAUAUAACACACAUCA